GCGGUUUAUCACUGGUCGUUGUGUCCCUUGUGGUCGCAGCAGUCAUUCUCAUCGUCGUCUUCGUAGUGGGGGUGUUGGUGUUGUCCAUACUUGUUUUGUUUCUUGCCAUUGUGCUUGUGUCCAAGCGUCGGUAGUCGACCCCGACAUGGGUGUGGCGAAAGGUGCCGCCUUUGGUUCCCGUUUGUCUGUUCUUGCAGCUAGCAAGUGUGCGAUGGAUCGCAUGGGUUGGAUGGGUGAUGUCGUCGGUGGUUUCGACGGCGGUGAUAACAUGAACGAUGGACAGCUGAAUGCACGGCCCCAUCAAGGUCAACAAGCACAAAGCAUGCAAUCAUUCGCAGUCAUGCGUCAAUCCUCAUCGGCCAUGCAACAUCCGUACUACCAUGCACGCAGUGCGUCUCCGCAUACGCCCUUCAUGGGAGGGUGUGUUGGGCAGUCCCCGGAGAGCAUACAAACGUCGGGUGUUCCACGUGGUGGUCCACAUGCGCGGGACAUGCGGGCGGACGACGUUUUCGCCAAAGCACGAGCAUGGCUGCUGGCUUUGGCAUGCCAUCAGCGCCCACACAGCAUGGCCGCGGGUGGCAGGCAUUGGUCUCCCCAAUGCUUCCAGGGUGCUGGGAGGUUGUUCGGCGCGCGUUGUUCUCCAUCUCCACCGGAUGGCGUUGACACAGAUGCCCCUUGGAAUCGGGCGAACGCAAGGCCUGUGUCCCCCGAGACUCGCGCGGAGUCAGUGUACGAUGAAGGCACGGGGGGCUCAGGAGCGGGCGACGAAGAUGGUCAGGGAGAGCAAGGAACCGCCAUUCCCAUGGUCGUUAGUUCGGCGGCCGGGCAGGGUGAUGUUAACGGCCAGGGCGCGCGCGGUGCAGCGGUCGGCAGACAACCUGCGAAUGACCGCCCGCCAGCUCAGAAGAAGGCAAACGUCCCAUGGACGUUGGAUGAGCGGGUGAAGCUUGCGAUUUUCAUGGGUGAGGAUGAUGCCCUUAUGGUGGAUGCUAACGGCCAGCACCGAUUCAAGCAGAGGAAAGAGCGGUAUGCAUGGGUGAAUGAUAGGAUGGCGGACGCAGGCUUCAAGCAUAGGAGUGGUGAAGACUGGCCCAAGAAUUGGUCGAACAUGCUAGCGACGGCCAAGCUCAUCGUCGAGAAGUGUGAAGCGUAUUGGGAUAUGUCUACGGAGGAACGAAAGAAGAAGAGCCUCCCACUUUCGUUUGAGAAGGUUGUGUGGGAUGCUAUGCAGUGGCAGCUAAAUCGGUCGUCAAUUAGGUGUGACAACACGCUGGCCUCAGAGAACCUUCCGGGCGGUGGAACAGAUGCAACACCGGCGGGAGGAUCGGACGGAAAAUGGGCAGAGGAGUCGGACAAUUCUGCUAAAUCAACGCGGACAGCUCAGAAGAAGGCGAGAAAGGAAGAUCCUGGCAGCAGCGUGUCGAGUUUGGGCAGGGCCAUGGAGGAUUCCACUCGAUCUUAUUGCGAUGGCCUGGACAAAGCGGCUUCCACCCUUUGGUGUGCAAUCGCCGCUCGGAUAGGGACGUGGCCGAAGCAAUGCGGGGUGGCAAUAGUCGACGACGACGGCUAUGGUGACGGGGAUUGUCAUCGUUAUGGCGAUUAUGACGACCAUAAUGAUGAUGACGAUGACGGUGACGAUGAUGAUGAUGAUGAUGAUGAUGAUGAUGAUGACGCUGACAAUGACAGUGAUGUUGAUGACGAUAAUGACGUUCACGAUGAAGUUGAAUCAAUCCUUCCACGGGAGGAAGCGACGAUCGGUCGUCCGGAUUUUUUUUCAAGCUUUGCUAUGGGAUAACGGCUGUCUUUUUUUUUACAUCAUCGAACUUUGUUGUCCAUCCGUGUUGGAAGAGAGUCAAGCAUUCGUUAUGGAGUUUAUUUAUUUAUUUUUUUCGUUUGAAAUCGACGCACUUUGCUUGGUUGAAGUUUUUGUUUAAUUUUUUUUGGAGGUUUUUUUUUUUUUCCUUUUUUUCCCCUCACAGAAGUGUCACGUCAAUUCCUUACUUUUGUUUGUUUUGUUUUUGUCUUUGUUGUUCGGGUGUGAUGUUCUCGACGAUGUCAUGACACUUGGGGCGUCGUAUAUGGAUAUGCAGUGUGUUCCGAUGUAAUUCACCGCACCGGAAUUCGUCAACCGAAUUGUUCAAGCAAACGAAAUGAAUAUGUCACUCGCAC